GGCCACUGACCGGUGGGACCUGGAACGGGAAGAGAGAGAGGGGCAAAGAAAGCCGAGUCAGCCCCAGCCGGGGAGGGGAAGGCGGGAGACCAUGAAGGACCCAAGAGCAGCGCUGCUGGUGGUGAAGGUGGCGACGGGACGCAUGGGUGGACUGGAGGUGGCCCGCACUGCAGGGCUGUUGCAGAGGGCCGCGGCGAGCUGACGAGGCAGGGGCUGGAUGUCCACGUGCCUUCGAAGAGACUCCACUCCUGUUGGAUAACAGGCUGGUCGAGAUGGGUCAGGUUUGCUCGCUGCACAGGCCGUGGUGGUGGUAGACCGUGAAAGUGCCCGGGACGUCCUACAUGCUACACUCAAGUAGGGGAUUGGCCCAGCAUCAGAGGAUAGGAAAUGCAGACAGGCAGCUCUCUCCUAACUGGGCUUCUCCUCCUCUGCCUUCUUGCAGUGAUCAACGCGGAGCAUUUCUCCAGGUCAGGGCACAAAGUGUGCUCCGUGGAGGUGAAAAGCCACACCGUGUCUUACCUCGUAUCUCACAUCCAGCCGGUCCAUCAGCCCUACCUCACCUUGUGCCAAGGGUACAGGCUUUGCAGUACGUACAGAACUACCUACAGGAUUGCUCAGCAUCAGGCCUACCGGAAGGUGUCUCGGCCCGCGUACAGAUGCUGUCCUGGGUGGAGAUGGGCAAACGGCCCCUCCCAGUUUGGAUGCAAUACAGCAAUCUGCCGUCCGCCGUGCCAAAACGGGGGCAAGUGUGUACUCCCUAACCGGUGCACCUGCCCUUUCGGAUGGGCAGGAAGGGAUUGCCAGACAGAUGUGGACGAAUGCGUUGGAGAGAGACACGGCUGCAGCCAGGUUUGCCACAACGUGGCUGGGAGUUACCGCUGCGCCUGCCGGCGAGGGUACGAGCUCCACGGGGAUGGGAAAACGUGCCGGGCUUUGCAAGUGACCACCGAGGCCUCCGUCACCGUGAGCCCGGCCAGAGUCCCAAACCGGGUAGUGGAAGAUGAAGAAGUGAAGGAGCUGAAGAACAGAAUGGAGGUGUUGGAAGAGAAAUUUCAGCGUGUUUUGGCCCCGUUUCUCAAACUAGAAACGCUGGGCGUGGAGGGCGCCGUCACGGACCCCAUCAGCCUGCUCGUCCACUCCGUGCAGCAGCUGGACAGGAUAGAUUCGCUCAGCGAGCAGAUCUCUUUUCUGGAGGAGCGUCUAGAGACGUGCUCAUGCAAGAAUGAACGCUGAGGAAGAGGAAGGAAGCUUGAAGAGAUGGACUUGUACCCCCUUUCCUCUGCUUAUCCAGCUGCUUUGUAACGUCUCUCUCAAUUGAGUUGUAGUCCAGACCUUUGUGGACUGCUCCGUCGGCCACGAGCCACAUUGGGGCCGGCAGACAGGUCCACCUGAACGCUACUGUCGAAACCGAAGGGUCCUCUUUAAUCCAGUGUGUGGCUUCUAAUAAUAAGGGAGUCGCUUAUACCUCUCUCGCUCCACUGUGGUACAAGGCACCGGAAGGGCCUGCAGGUGCAAACGGACGCUCUUCAAAUCACUGCUUGGGGGUUAAAAAUGUUGCGCUUCGUGCACGGGCCGAGGACGUCUCUCCACGAGCAGUUUUAGGGCAGCUUUGUAAUGUAUGGCUUCCCUGGCAGUCGUCAUUCGGCAAGGGUACCGGGGCCGACAGAGAUCGUGGCUCCGCUUGUAGAACAGCCUCUGGCGUUGUUCCAUGGGGAAAGGCAGCUAAACCUCAAACCAGCGGGCCCUGAAAACACACCCUUUUCAACGUCUCGUCUAUCAGGGUUCCUUUCCCCCACCCCAACUGCAGAAAAGAAAAUUGUACGAUACCCUCUUGCAAAAGGAAAAAGGGUCCACUCCCACCCGGUUACCUCCAUCUCGACCAUUAGGGCAGGUUGGACUCCCAACUCCCAGCAUCCCCCAGCCACGGUUGCUGGGAGUUGGAGUCCAACAAAAAACCCAGCUGGUGAGGGCUGACGUUAAAAAGAAUGUAAUUCAAUGGUACCUCUGCUCACUCUUCUGUAUUACUCUGGAGACGCAAAGCCAGUGCCCUGAUGGUUCUCUUUUUUUAAAAAAAAAGUUUCAAUAAACCUACAUUUACAAGAAAAGAAGCUCACAUCUCCUCUUUGUGCAACCAACAGGGAGUUCUGGCUUACUUUGGGGAUUAGGUUGCCCUAAUUUCCUUUGGAAAUCUGCACAAAUCGUUUUUAAGGAAUGAUUCCAUGCCUCCUCCCAC